CCAGGUUACUAAGAGCCCUGUUAAUGUAAAAUAUUAAAGAAAAAAAAAUACCAUAACUCUCAUAAAUAUGUAAAUCAGCACUUUAUUUUCAUAACAUUUUGAAAUAGGAAAUGCAUAAAAAAAAAAAAGAGAAAACCAUUUUAGAAACAUUUUUUAUUAUUAUUCAAAUAAAAUGAAGUUAAAAUUGGUCCAAUGAGGAGAGCGAAGAGUGAGCCCCGCCCUAUGAUAGGAGCUGUGCGCGGGAGUGCGAGAGAGAACGCGCGAUGCGAGAGUGAGAAACAGCAGCUGCGACACGGUCCUGAAAAAAAGAAGAAAACAAAAAUUAGAAUAUAUAAUUGUGCAUUCGUGUUAAGAAAAAUAACAGAUUUUGAGGGAAGAGAUGUGAAUUGAACACCAUCAGCCGUUUAUCACUAUUGAUGCUGGUGCAAACUGUUACCAGGAGAGAGAAACUCGCAGAGGUUGGAGUGUCGCCUAUCUGAAACCUUCAUAUUUAGAAAAUAAGAUUUCUCUUGGUUGGGUUUUUUUUUUUUCUGUCCUUCUAUCUGUCUUCCUGCUAUCUUCUAUCUUCAAUCAUCUUUUGAGUCGGGUGCAGCACAUUUUCUGGAACCAGACGAUCGUUGAUGAAGACUUUGAACUUGAACUGUUCCUGCAUUGCACUAAAAAGAGCCUGUGAGCAGGAACUGGCGAGCCAUGCCCAAAUAAGGAUCGAACUACGUGAAUUGAGAGAUUGGUAGGAUUGUGCACACGCUUUCCUUCGUUUUUUUUCUGACUGAACUGUGUUGCUCAGAACUCAAUUGCGGAAGACGGAUCUCGUGUAAGCAGCACUGAACUAGAGCUAAAGUUUGGUGAAAACCCUAAUCCACAUUGGGACUGUUAUUGUAAGCAAGGUUGAUCCAUUGUUUUUUUCCUUCUCUCUAUUUUUACUCAUUCCACUGUGAAAUGAUUUGUUUUUUUGUUUUUUUUUUUAAUUUUGUUGUUUUGUUUUUCUGAAGAACAAGAGUGAAAAGGGUAAUUUGGAAGAAUUGUAUUUACAGUCAAAUUCAAAGUUAUUAUCUAUAUUAAAUAAGCCAAUUAGAACACAAAUAAAUAGGUGAAAUAUACAUUUUUAUACUAUUUUAUGUAUCUAUAUUCCAUAUUAGUUUAAAUAGUCAAAAAAUAAAUAGACAAACAAUAAAAUAGAAGAAUAAAUAAAUAGAAAAAUAGACAUUUAAAUAUAUAAGGGUUAUAAGAAGGAUACAUUUACUAUUUCAUUCUUUUAAUUUAUUUUAUUCUCUAUUACCCCUUUUUUUGGGUUACAAUAUUCUGUUAUUUUUAUUUAUUUAAUCAUUUUGUUUGUUGAUUUUGAUGAUGUAUUGAAACUCUGACUAUUAUUAUUAUUAUUAUUAUAUAUAUAUUUUUUCCCUUUUAUUAUUGCAUUCCCUUUAAUACACUUUACCUGUUUCUAAUGCAGCCAGUGUUGUUGUCAUUUCCUUCUACCCUUGUUGCUGACACAGUCUCUUGAGCGAAUCUGAUCUUCUGGUCGCUGGUCCAAAUUUAGAAACGGUGUACUCCUUCUCCGCUCAUUUCCGUUAUUUACUAAUUGAGAGGGAGGGUUGCACUUGCGCCGCGGCAGGCGCUACAGAAAGUUGGCGAGCCAGCCAGGAGACUGUUGCUUAGCAACAAGGACAAUAGUAGGAAAGGCAGAAAACGAGAACAUUUAUUACGAAAAAAAGUGCUGACUUUAUAAUGGAAAUCAUAGAGAGAGAAAACGUGAACGUGGAAAGUGCAGUCAUAGUCAAAGGCCUCACGUUAACUGAGACAGAUAGCGAGCUAGAGACGUUCUUGCAAAAGUAUGGGUCAAUUAGACGUAAUUUGAUAAUCGAUGACCAAACUUCUGAGUUCCAUCACCAUGGUAUUGUGGAAUAUGCUCACAGCACUUCCAUGUUGAACUUAACACCAUUGUUACCCUUAACCCUGGGAAGUCUCUCGAACCCGAGUGUUACAUUUCAAGUACGAGCUCUGGCUAGCGUCUGUAAGCAGACAGCUAGUGGUACAGUCACUGAAGAGUAUCUUGAAACGUUGAAGGCCCUUGCUAGGGGAAGUGGGAAACCUUUCUUAGAUGUGCUUCAGGGGGAGUUGGAAAAGCUUCAGGAAGCCCACUCCGCUAACCGUACUCCAGUAAGCGCACAGAAUGCAAGCUUUGAUUCUCAGAGUGUGGAAGCAAUCGUUCCAGAACCUGUGUGUUGUUCUCCGAUGCCCUUGUCUACCUCUGCUGAAACAUUAGAAAUGCGAACCCCAGAAUCAAAAGACCCAACCAAGAGACGGGAGACCCCUAUGGCCUUCCCAAAUCCAGAAAAUGUUGAUUGUGUUACCGUGACUACUAACCCUACUUUUCCUGCGAGCAUUGCUGACCCACCGGGUAUUCAAAGAAUGGUAGUAGAGCACAUAGUGAAGACUGCUGAUGCCACAAUGGCACAACAGGCCUCAGUUCGACUUAGGGUUUUCUCAGGGAGGAGCCCGCGCCCUCCGAACGAGCCCGAUUUUGAUACUUGGCGAGCAAGUGUAGAUCUCCUGUUAAGUGACCCGUCGGUUUCAGACUUACAUAGAGCGCGGAGGAUCUUAGAUAGCUUGUUGCCUCCAGCCGCAGACGUGGUGAAGCACGUGCGACCUCCAGCUUUGCCAGCAGUAUAUCUUGAGCUGCUGGAGUCAGUCUAUGGUUCUGUGGAGGAUGGUGAUGAACUGUUAGCCAAGUUCAUGGGCACCUUACAGAAUCAGGGAGAAAAGUCAUCAGAUUUUUUGCAUCGGUUACAAGUUAUUUUGAGUACAACGAUUAGGAGGGGAGGCAUUGCGGAGAGAGAUCACGAUCGUUGCCUCUUGAAACAGUUCAUGAGAGGGUGCUGGGACAAUGGUCUCAUAGCCAGCCUUCAGUUAGGAAGGAGGGAAGUUCACCCACCCACCUUUGCUGAGUUGGUUGUAUUAAUCCGAACAGAGGAGGGUAAGCAUGCCUCCAAAGAAGAGCGGAUGAGAAAUUAUCUUGGGCUGUCAAAAGCUCCUAAUACCUACCCGAGACCACGAGCUGCCACUCAGCAAGUAUCAGCUUAUUCCCAUGAAACACCAAAUUCUGGUGCUUCUGAAACGGACCUCAUAAAGAAACAACUUGCAGAGGUCCAGGCUCAACUUGCUUAUUUAGGUCAAACAACCGGCCAUAAGCAGCCGAGUGGGUCUUCUGAGAAGAUGGAGCUGAGCACUUUGAGGAGGGUAGUGGAAGAUUUGCGCAGUCAGGUAACCACUAUUAAAGCAUCCAUGGCCCAAGAAGUAAGGCGCGAAAAUUCAGAUGACUCUGAAAUCGUUAAGCUGCGACAACAAGUUGCUGAACUGCAGGCUCAGAAUAUUACUCAAAAGAGUUAUAGAGACUACUCCCGUGAGAAUGCUAGUCCUCGAGCUUUCCCGACUCAUAAUUCGUUUGAGACAGACAUUGGUAGAAGUGCCAGAAGGUUCCAACCAAUGACCAAUCGGCCUCGCCCUGGAUAUUGUUUCAGAUGCGGCGAAGAUGGGCAUUUAGCCGUUGCUUGUGAUAAAGCUGCGAACCCUGCAAGGGUUGAGGAAAAGAGGCGUAAGUUGAGGGAGCAGCAGGCUCAUUGGGACUCGCUGCAUGAUCAUUCCCCUUCGCCUUUAAACUAAGAGAAGUCUCUGUAGCAGGGCAUACAGAGGCGAGUUG